AUGCCGAAGAGGCAGAGUAAAGUCCUGCUGGCCAUCAUCGGCGCAUGCUUUAUCUCCCAGCUCGCGCAGCUGGUCAAGCGUCCUCAAUACUCGGGUCGCCUCAGCCUGUGUUAUAUAGCCAUGAUCGACAAAGCUUACUUCACCAGAGACUAUUCGGCAAUCGACAUGGACAAUGCUAUCACCAUCAUGGAGACAAACGGUCAGUCCCCUCCCUCGAUCCCGGAAAUAGUUCAGUAUCUGGCGGCUGCACCACACAAGGUCAUCAUGGUCGACAACACAAGUGCUCAGCGUCUCGCGGAGUCCUACCCCCUUUUCCUCAGUCGUGGCAUCAGUAUCGUGACCCCCAACAAGAAGGCCUUUUCCGGAGACUUGGACAUAUGGCAACGUAUUUUCAAAGCGGCGGAAACAGGAGGGUCGUACGUCUACCAUGAAUCAUCAGUUGGUGCGGGCUUGCCUGUUGUUUGUACGCUGAAGGACCUUGUUGCGACCGGAGAUGAGGUAACACGUAUUGAGGGCGUGUUCAGCGGUACCCUUUCGUACCUAUUCAACUCCUUCUCCCCAAUUGCGCAGAUCAAUGGCGCCGUUGAGGACAAUUGGUCGACGCAGGUGGCGAAGGCCGAACGGCUCGGGUUCACAGAGCCCGAUCCCCGAGAUGACUUGAACGGUCUUGACGUUGCACGAAAGCUGACCAUCCUCGCCCGUUUGGCUGGUCUGCCGAUCACGUCACCCACCUCAUUCCCCGUCGAAAGCUUGAUCCCUAAAGGCCUUGAGGGCGCUUCGAGUACACAAGAGUUUCUCGAGGGUCUUCCUCAAUUUGACCACGAGAUGAAAGAUCGUAAGAUCGCGGCGGAGAAGUCGGGUAAAGUCCUCCGUUAUACCGGCUCGGUAGACAUGGCAACCAAGACGGUCAAGGUCGCGUUGGAAGAGGCAGAUCGUUCGAGCCCCAUUGCGCAGCUCAAGGGCAGCGAUAAUAUCAUCGUCUUCCACACCAAACGCUACGGGCGGCUACCAUUGAUCGUCCAGGGCGCAGGUGCGGGGGCCGAAGUGACGGCCAUGGGUGUGCUGGGCGACCUGCUCAGAGUGCUGGCACAAAUCAUGCUACCUGUAUAG